CAGGUGUGUCUGGACGACUCCGGGGAUUUAAACUGGAAAGUUUUAGUGGCUCAGAGCAAUCAGUCUUUCUGUAUCAAGACACCGAUCCAAACACGCAAUUGAUUUACACAAUCAUCCACAAGGAUCUACCUGUUCAGAGGGUAGCUGUUUUGAUUAACAUCACAUCAACGGCUCUGUCCCUAUGUGAGGUUGAGGUUUAUGGAGACUCCCUCUGUGACAAUCAGCACUACGGACAUGAGUGUGAGAGCGAGUGUCAUUGUUCAAGCAAUACAUCCUGUUUGGUGAACUCUGGCUGGUGUCCAAAUGGCUGUGAUAAAGGCUACACAGGAAAAACAUGCGACAUCGUUGUCAAGAAACCAAAAGAGAUACCACCAAUACCUUUCGAGUUCACUACAGAAUUGACAGUUGGAGGUUGUCUAGUAGCUGCUGCAGUAGCAUUUAUCUGCUACACUUGUUGCAUGUCGAAGAAACCAAAAAAUCAGCCGUUCGGUGAAAUAAAGGCUCUCAAUAUCCCACAUGUAGAAUGA